GUGUUCUGCUCUGCCCUGUCUCUGUUCCCAGCACAUUGACAAGGUGUUCUGCUCUGUCCUGUCUCUGUUCCCAGCACAUUGACAAGGUGUUCAAGCACAAGGAGAAGCAGCAGCAGUUGGUGGAUGCCAAGCUCCAGAGGACAGCUGAGCUGAUGAGAGAGUUGGAGGGGAAGCAGCAGAGGGAGAGAGACUUUCUCCUGAAAGACGCCACAGAGUGGAGACAUGAGUGUGAGCUGUUGAAGGAACAGGAGACUCAGCUCAAACAGCAGCUCUCUUUGUACAUGGACAAGUUUGAGGAGUUUCAGACCACUCUGGCGAAAAGCAACGAGGUGUUCACUACCUUCAGACAGGAGAUGGAGAAGAUGACCAAGAAGAUCAAGAAGCUGGAGAAGGAGACGACUCUGUGGAGAACGAAGUGGGAGACCAACAACCAGGCUCUGCUACAGAUGGCUGAGGAGAAGACACUGCGGGACAAACAUUACAAGGGCCUGCAUGGGAAGCUGGAGUGCUUGGAGAAGCUGUGCCGGGCUUUGCAGAAGGAGAGGGACGACCUCACCACCAAACUGGGAGACCUACAGUCAACUCCCGAGGAGGAAGAGGGGACGGGACCUCCAGACCCCCAGCCCAGCCAGGAGUCUACCCAGGAUGAGAUGGCUCCGCCUGGGAGGGGGGAAGAGACGCAGCCCCCUACUACCCCUGAACUGGAGAUAGAGUCCUCCACCACAGAGCAACUUGACAACUGAGCCACUAACCCCCUCUGCCUUUUUGGGGGUAUAUUUGAAUACAGUAUAUCUUUUUUUUGUGUUAAAGUUAUAAUUAAGAUUAAAAUGACUGCAUUAUUAACAAUGAA